UUCUGAAUAGGAAAGGAAAGAUAGAGACUCUGAGCCAGAUCCUCAGCGGCGGUAAAGGAACACUCUGGCGGGGGCAGACAGUGACCCCGCAGUUUCACACCACUGGAGCUGUUCUGUGUUUGGUCACUGACCAUGAAAACAGGCCGGGGAACCCAGGGACAUACAUGCAGACCCCGGGCUUGAACUCCGCUCUUCUCACGGAGCGGGCGGCCGCCACGCCGUGGCCCCCACUGAAGUCAGGGCAGGGGAGGCGUUACGCGGGAAUGAAGGCAAAAUCUGCCCUGGGGCGCGAGUGACCUGAUCCCCGGCCAUCAGCCUGCGCGUCUGAAGAGCCUCGCCUGGACGCGAGGGGAGCCGGAGGAAAGCCCCUUCCCCUUUAAAUGCAAAUUGGCGCCGGGGCCCUGUGGACACCGAGCCUUGCAGGGCGCCCUGCCGCUGGGAGCAGAGCGGGGUCAGGCCGCUGCAGCCUUGGCGCGGGGGGCUCCUCUCAGGAAUCACAGCCAUUUUCAUACUGAACAAAGAGGGAUCUGUUUCCACCACCUACGACAGGGCUGUGAUCGGACCCAGCAGCGACCAGCUUCAGCUGAGAGGUUCCUUGCUGCAGUGUGUUACUGAGCCUGCGACUGGCCCCCGCCUGGGGAUCGGGUUCUCAAGAUGGAAGACAAGAAGAAGAAGAGGAGUCCGAAGCCUGGCUUAGCUCAGCCUGCGUCAUCCAGUGCUCUGCGCAAGCUGCCCGUCCCCACCAGCAAAAGCACCACCUUCUCUCUGGGGCUGCCUCACCUGCCCUCACCAAAGCAACGGGCCAAGUUCAAAAGGGUGAACAAAGAGAAAUCUCGUUUGCCUCAGCCUGGGGGCAGUGGGGGCGCGGCACUGGGGGCCCCUCUGCAGCACUCCUUCCUGACUGACGUCUCAGAUGUUUAUGAGAUGGAGGGGGGGCUGCUGAACCUGCUCAACGACUUCCACUCGGGCAAACUGCAGGCCUUUGGGAAGGAGUGCUCCUUCGAGCAGCUGGAGCACGUCCGGGAGAUGCAGGAGAAGCUGGCGCGCCUGCAUUUCAGCCUGGAUGUCUACGUGGAGGAGCUCUCUGAGGACCAGAAGAAGACGGUGGCAGAUAGGAACCUAGAUCAGUUGCUGACGAAUUUGGAAGAGCUCAGCAACUCCAUCCAAAAGCUACAUCUAGCGGAGAAUCCAGACCUGGAGGAUGCUGCCACUGCCUAGCUGAAAAGGCUGCCUGGUCCCUCCAUAGACAACAGAGGGCAGCAUUGAGAAUUCUGGAGCUAAGGGAAAGCUCCACCAGCUUGAAUCCAUCAUGUCCAUCUCUGAACUGUACAGAAAUGUAGGGGUAUAAAAGGAAGGACACCCCUAAGAGAAAGUGUUUUGGGGGUGGGCUGGGCUGGGGGAGGGGCAUGUUGUCCAAUAAUUUUCUAUCAAAAUCCAGGAUUUCUAGAGCAUCUGAAAAGGCCAAACAUUGUCAAGAUAACUUUAAAAGUAAACAAGAAAAUCGUAGAGGAAAGACUGGGAAUCAGCCAUACUGGGUUCUCUCUCCUGGUCUGUUCCCAGCACAUUGUGUGACCUUGGGCAAGUCGCUGCACCUCUCUGUGCCUGAGUUCCCUGCCCCCCCCCUCCCUUUUUUAAAAAUGGGUUAAUGAUACUUAAGCAACCUUGUAUAAAGUUCUUUGAGAUUCCUGGAUAAAAGGUGCCAUAUCCAAACAAAGCAUUGUUAAGGGGAGAUAGAGCCUUUCGUUUUCAGGCUGUUGCUUCCACCCUGAUUCAGUUUGGACCAUUCGAGGGGCUGUGUGUGAAAUGAGUUUGGUGGGUUUCAGUCAAGUUCCUAGUGGACAAACAGCUGUAACUGGCUUCCUUGUUGACAGUCCUCCCAGCAGAAUGAUCCAGGCCUGACAGGCCAUGAAGACUGAACUCCCCUCUUUCCUCGCUCCCAGACUUUGUCCCUCUGGCUCCAGCCCUGUGUAUCUGGCAGUUGUCACCAGCCUGAAACUACCUGAAAUGUAAACAUAGAAGCAGCAGCCAAGAAAAGCUCAGUAAAGGCUUUUGCUGGUUUAGCUUCUGCCUGUUCCACAAUGCAGCGGUCAACACGGAACUGAAACCACGUAGGAGAAGUAUGAUCACUUGAAAUGAAACAGGUUUUGGAGCUCGCAGAAAAGUUUCUGCUCAUAGUGUAACAAGUCAUUCACCGAUGCUGCUGUCUGAUCCUUUUCCUCCAACAUUUUUUAAUGGUUGAAUUUUUGCAACAAUACAGUUUUUUGUAUUGAGGCCUAUAACUACCCCUCUUGCAAAAUACCCCAGGCCUUUUAUGGAAAUUCUUUCUAUGGGAGCUGGGUAAUAUUUCCAUUCCAACAAGGAUAGAAGUGAUGGCUUUGCUAGACCAGACACCACAAGUAAGAAGAGAGGAGUUUAAACAACUAACAUUUCUACACUUGCACACACACCCAGUCUUAAACAGCUAAGCUGCUUCACUUUGACACUGAAAGUGAAUAGGUGAGUGUAUGUUUGUGUCAAAAUGUUUUUCUAGUAGUAGAAUGUAGCACUAAAUAAUGAAAUUGUAAUGUAAAUAAACUAGUUGUGGUA